GUUCACAUGCAUACAUUUACUUUCAUGUACAAUCAUCGAUUCAUAUAUACAAACGUGCAUGUGUGAAGUUGAAGUUGUUCAUUCUUAGUAUAUCAGUCCAUUUUUAAUUUUCGGUUCGAAAUGUUGCAUGUGUUCGGAUUCUAAUAACAUACAUAAUUUUAACAUUCAUAUUGACAAUACCUCAAUAUAACCGAAAAUAUAUGGAUGAAUUAUUUGUAAUGCGGCGACCCAUACUUUCCGCGCUUUGUGAUUGAUUAAACAGAAUGCCAUAUUUAAAACUUAUCACAGAAAAAUAUAAAUUAGCAAAAUGAACAGCAAUAUUUCCUUGGACAACACAUGCGAUCAGGACUAUACGGAGUUUCUCAACGAAUAUUUGUUGCAGACUAAUUUGACAUGCAACGAGCCGGAACCACAUUAUGAAGAUGGCGAAAUGGAAGCCGAAUGGUUAAUUUCAGCUGGAUAUCCAGAAUUGACACGGCCUUUUGAACAGGGUAUCGAGCUGCGAUCUACAGAUCUUGAGCCAGUGUUGGCGACAUUAUCAAGGCCCCACGCAGAGGCGAUUAAACAGCGAGUUCGGGCGCUCAAUCACACUGUAAGAGGGCGUACUAAAAACCGUUCAAAACGCAAACCUGAUAUACGCGAUGUCUUUCGCGAUUUUGACGAGUCUAGUACGGGAACUAGAUCCCGUAGUGCCACACCAGACUCUUUAGAUUCCGUGCACGGAGACGAUGUAUGGGGCAAUACUUCAAUACCGAGCUUUGUUAGCAUUUCUGACCACAGUACUGCCAACUACAAUGCCAGUGGGUACCCGCCGCUUAACAAGCACUUGAAGCAAAAAAUUCGGCGGACCCCUAGUGCCCCACUCAAAUGUUCCACAUCCACGGAUAUAUUUCGUGGAUCCCAAGUACGCUGCGACAUACCUAUGUACUCCUCAGAAGGUAUUGAGUUACUCGGAUUUUCGCGCAUUGGCACUAUACAUAUACCACGUAAUCGUUCUGGUUCAGAUCCUUCUUGCUCUAUUGGGCGAGUAUGUGGUCAACUUAUUCGGGAUUCACAGAGUGAAAACAAUACUUCAUCUGGUGACUCUAGCGACGAGUUUCCAAACACAGCGCCUAUGUCAUCGACUUUGUCGUCCCCUGAGAAGAUACUGAACAAAAUUAACCUAGAACCUCUUCAACAGAAAUUGAGUAACUCUCCGUCAUCAAGAGACGGUAUCAGCUUUGAAAAUAUGUGCCGAGAAAAUUCUAGUCAGAAUGGCAUUGACACUGUAGACAGCAGCGUAAUAUUACAAGAAUACAGCUCCGAUAUUAGUAUAAUAAAUGAAACGGAACUGAAACGUUUGCAGCCCAUUUUUUGGCUGGAGCUAGCUACAAUCUUUGAUCGGAAUCAGGUGUCGUUAGACAAACGAAAACCAUUUAAGAGACGUCGCAAGGAGGAGGGCAGUUUGUUUGGAGUUUCCUUGAAUGCACUUAUACGUCGUGACCAACAAAUAACUGGCAUGGACUCAUCAUUAGUACCGAAAUUUCUAGAAGGUCUACUUGAGGAACUGAUGAAGCGAGGGGCAAGAGAAGAGGGUAUUUUGCGUGUAGCUGGACAAAAACAGAAGACUGAAUUAAUUUACAACGAAUUAGAAUCAAGUUUUUAUCAAAAGCCAGAAAAAUUCGCACAUUUGCUUGGCAAUGCCAGUGUGCAUGAGCUAAGUGCGUUGCUUAAGCGUUGGUUACGUGAGCUGCCCCAGCCAUUACUUACAAGCGAACUAAUACAACUUUUCUAUCAAUGUCACGCAUUACCCCCAAUGGACCAAAUACGAGCAUUAUCAAUUUUAUGUCAGAUGCUUCCCCAUGAAAACCGCAACACUCUUCGUUCGAUUUUGCGCUUUCUCAACUUUAUUAUCGAUUUGAAAGACAUUAAUAAGAUGAAUUUACAUAAUGUAUCCACGAUUAUUGCACCAUCAUUUUUUCCACCACGUUAUAUACAUCCGAUCGAUAAGAACUGCAUUGCUGACCAAGUUAAAAUGGCUGCAUUAUGUUGCCGCCUAACAAAUAUUCUGAUUACUCGAAGUGAGAGUCUGUUUCAGGUUCCGGAUAGUCUUAUCGUGGAGUCCCGUAACCAAAAAUCUCGACAGGGUAAAAGGGGGCAUCGGCGGGUAGAGAAAACGUCUUUAGUACAUGAGAUGGUGACACCCGGGUCUUCUCAGAUUCAAAAUUCUAAAAAUAUCAGUGGCAGUGGUCGCCGCCCAACCGUUAACCCAAGUCAUGUACACCGUUUCGUGGUUUAAGCUGGAAGGAUCCAAGAGUGCUACAAUUGUUUCAGUUCUUAUAUCAUUAUUCUUGAAUAAAUUAACGUUAACAUUA